AAAGAUUCAUUUCCUGUUUUCCCUCUCUCAUACUUUCUCUCUCUAGGGUUUCCAGAAUUCCAAAUCUUCUUACACACACAACUGCAAUUAACCUCCAUCAAUGGCGGUGAGACUAACGGCAGGCGCAAUAUCGGCGAUAUGUAGCGGAAAUUGGCAAACGACGGACGCGAAACCGGUGAUUCAGGUGUUGGAUGUUCGGCAAGUUCAGGUGCAAACUGUUUCCGCAGAGAAGGAAAAGUACAGAGUUCGGAUAUCUGACGGAUUGUUUCAUCAGCAAGGGAUGCUUGCUACUCAACUCAACGAUUUGGUUAAAACUCAGCAGAUACAGAGAGGCUCUGUUGUUCAAUUGAACCAGUUUGUCGCGAAUACGAUCCGUGACCGCAUGAUUAUUAUAAUCCUUAAUGUUGAUGUGAUUCUGCAAAGUUGUGAUAUUAUCGGUGAUGCGAAACCAUUCUUAUCUACUCCUGGCAGUGACCCAUCUACAUUAAGGUCUCCUGCACCUAUGCAGUCUAACAAUCAACCAACCGCAACUAUGGGUGGGCCGCAGAACUUCAUGGGCUCUGUUCCACGGCCGAAUCUUGCUCUAAGUUCUCCAAAUUAUCCACCUCGACAGGAACAUAAUGCAGGUGUACAAUCUUAUGCUAUGUCACAUGCACCUACAAUGCUUUCACGCCCACCUGCAAACAGUUACAUGCGUCCAGUUCAACCCGUUCAACCCACACAUAAUCAGCCUCCUCCAAUGUAUAUGAACAGAGGGCCCACAGCAAGAAACGAGGCGCCACCUAGGAUUAUCCCCAUUGCUGCUUUGAACCCGUAUCAAGGUAGGUGGACUAUCAAGGCCCGCGUGACUGCAAAAGCCGAACUUAGACAUUACAACAAUGCAAAAGGAGAUGGCAAAGUUUUCUCUUUCGAUCUUCUCGACUCCGAUGGUGGUGAAAUAAGAACAACAUGCUUUAAUGCUGUAGCCGACCAGUUUUAUGACCAAGUUGAAGUUGGUAAAGUUUAUUUCAUUUCGAAAGGUAACAUUAAACCGGCUCAAAAAGCUUUCAAUCAUUUGAAAAACGACCACGAAAUUACACUGGAUCAUAUGUCAACAAUACAGCCGUGUUUAGAUGAUGACCGGUCAAUUCCGCAACAACAAUAUCAUUUCCGUUCUAUUGCAGAAAUUGAAAACGUGGAGAACAAUACUAUUUUGGAUAUCAUCGGUGUGGUUUAUAGCAUAAAACCUUCGGUAUCCAUAACAAGAAAAAACAACACUGAAACGUUAAAGAGAAGCCUAGGUUUGAAGGACAUGUCUGGAAGAAGCGUUGAGUUGACUUUAUGGGGUAACUUUUGUAAUCAAGAAGGUCAGAGUCUUCAAAACAUUUGUGAUUCCGGAACAUACCCUGUUUUGGCUGUGAAAUCCGCUAGAGUCGGUGAGUUUAACGGUAAAAACGUUGGGACCAUAUCUACAAGCCAGUUAUGCAUAGAACCGGAUUUUCCAGAGGCCCAUGAGCUCAAAACAUGGUACGAGAGUGUCGGAAAAAACACUCCAUCGGUUCCUUUAUCGCAUGAUACUAUAGGCCGAACCGAUGUACGGAAAGUUAUUUCCCAAAUUAAAGAUGAGAAACUCGGGACAAAUGAGAAGCCGGAUUGGAUCACAGUCAGCGCCACUAUAACGUUUAUAAAAGUUGACAACUUUUAUUACACAGCAUGUCCGCUCAUGUUGGGUGAACGAAAAUGCAGUAAAAAAGUUGUAAAUAAUGGUGAUGGAAAAUGGCAGUGUGACAGAUGUGAUCGGGCGGUUGACGAAUGCGACUACCGAUAUAUACUUCAGUUAAAUAUACAAGACCAGACUGGUUUUACAUGGGCAACUGCGUUUCAAGAAACCGGUGAGGACAUAAUGGGAAUUUCUGCCAAAGAGUUGUAUGACAUAAAAGAGCAAGACGAUGAGAGAUUUGCAGAAAUUAUUAGGAGUGUUCAGUAUGAGAAGUAUAACUUCAAGUUAAAGGUGAAAGAAGAGAGCUUCGGUGAUGAACAGCGUGUGAAGUCAACUGUUUCGAAAGUCGAGAAGAUAAAAUUUUCGUCAGACACCAGCUUUCUUCUGGAUUUGAUUAAAAAGGAGGACCUGAAGUUUGAAACCCCAAUUGGUGCAUCAGCACCUUUGAACAGUGUUGUUACUGCUAGAGGCAUUGGUCAACAAGCCGGUUUACCAGCAAGUUCAACCGGUCAAUUUGGGAAUCAUUAUCAACAAAGCAGUUUACCAGCAAGUCAAAUGGGUCAAUAUGGGAAUCAAUAUGGUGGUUCUAGGCAUGGUGUUAGCUGCAACAGCUGUGGUGGUGUGGGUCAUAGCUCGAUGAACUGUCCAAGUGCGGUAAAUGGUUCGAGUGGAAGAUUUAACAGUAUGUCAUCUACAGGUGGAAACAGUUCGAAUUGUUAUAAAUGUCAUCAACCGGGACAUUGGGCUAAAGAUUGUCCUGGUGUGAAUAAUGUUUCUACAGUCUAUGGUGGUGGAAAUGUGGCACCGGGACGAUAUGGGAGUGCGUCUGGUCAAUAUGUUGGUGGUUAUUGACAGAUUGCUGUAGCAAUAGAAGGUCAACUGUCUCAGUUUUGGGUUUGACUUUUUUUUAUAUUAGUUUAGUGAAGAACCGUACAGUUGGAUCCUUGAACAUGUUUAUUCUCAAGUACUGUUUUUCUUUUCUUGUUUUCGGACUCAAUAAUUGACUAACCGUUGUGUACAUAGAUCGUUUAAGCUAUGUAAGUUAUGGUAUGUGGUUUGUAUUUAACUUCUAUGUUUAGUUACGGUGAUUAUGGGAGAAAUGGUGUUCUUGGAGCU